AUGAGGCAAUUUUUUGGAUGGAUUCAAAGGGCUUCUUUCAAGAAUUUUGAGAGAAAAUUGAGUCCUAAAAUACCUUUGCUCCAAAGCGCCGUCAUUCCCAGACUGAUUCUUGCGAUAGCUGGAAUUACAGGUGUUGCUGUUGGUGCAUAUUACGUGAAGGACUCUCGUUCUGCAAUUCAUGAAUAUGUGUUCUGUCCUUUAAUUAGGGUAUUCACUGAUGCAGAAGAAGGACAUAAGUUGGGAAUUCGUUUAUUGAAACUGGGACUCGCACCAAGGCUACCUGAAGAUGCGGAUGAAAAGACGGAUAUUCUUGCAGUCAACGUUUUUGGACAAACUUUGAGGACACCUAUCGGCUUAGCAGCUGGUUUGGAUAAAGAUGCAGAAGCAAUUGAUGGACUAUUCGACACUGGAUUCUCAUACGUUGAAAUAGGAUCGGUCACACCAGAACCUCAACCUGGAAACCCCACACCACGUUUUUUCAGGUUACCCAAAGACAAUGCAGUGAUUAAUAGAUAUGGAUUUAAUUCAAUUGGGCAUUUUGCAGUCAUCAGUAAUCUUAAACUUAGGCUUGCAAAUCUCACUAAUAAAUUUUAUUCUAGAAAUUCAUUUGAUUUACUACCUUCAGCAAAUUCCUUCAGAGAUGGCAAGUUAUUGGCAAUCAAUUUAGGUAAAAAUAAAUACGGUGACGAGAUCGAAGACUACGUAAAGGGAGUGCAGCGCCUCGGACCAUAUGCUGAUGUGUUGGUCAUUAAUGUGUCUUCCCCCAAUACUCCAGGACUUCGGAAUUUACAGGAUGAACUGAAGUUGGCGUCAUUAUUAAGUGCCGUGGUUGCAGAAAGAAACUUGCUUACUACGAACUUAUUAGGAAAAAAGCCGCCUAUUCUUGUCAAAGUUGCUCCUGACCUUGAUGAAUCAGAGAUAUCAUCUAUCGUGAAGUCUGCAAAGCAGACCAAGAUCGACGGAAUCAUAGUCUCUAACACCACAGUCCAACGUCCCAUUUCUCACAUGCUCACAAAGGACGCGAAUCUAAUCAACCAAGUAGGAGGUCUCUCAGGUGAGCCUUUAAAACCUUUAUCCUUGAAGGCCUUGCGUACUUUUAGGAAGUAUACAAAAGGUACUGACAUUGUUUUGGUUGGCUGCGGCGGUAUAUCUUCGGGAAAAGAUGCCUUGGAUUUUGGCAAGGCAGGUGCCAACUUCAUCGAGUUAUACACUGCUUUUGCCUACAAGGGUCCAGGUUUACCAAGCAAAAUUAGAGAUGAGCUUGUAUCUGAGUUGAAGAAAGAAGGCAAGACUUGGACUGAGAUUAUCGGCCAAGACGAUAAAUAA